AACGCUUAAAAAUUGUAAUAUGUUAUUUCAUACAAAUUCUCUUUUUGUUUCAGGCUUGAUUUUAAUUUUCUUCAAUUGCAUUUUUUUGAAAACAAUUUUUUUAAAGAAAAGAAUUAUUGCUAACCCUCAAAGCUUAGUUUGUUUCCUUCACAGUUAAAAAAAGAAAAAACUAAUAAAUUUAAUUUAAACGUCAUUUAUCAAGCAAAAACAACUUGAUUAUCCAAAAAUUAUAUCACCAAAUAAUUUCGAAAAAAGCUCCAAACAAAAUAUAAUCAAAAAAUUCACCAUGAUUGAACUGCAACAGCCAAAUUCUAAAAAUCCUAAGGUUCGAUCUGCACGUAAUCCAUCAAAUCCAUCGCAUGAAUUCAAAGAUAGUAAUAAAAAUCAGAAACAAAUAAAUAAUAAUAAAGAUACAAAGCGGAAAAAGAAUGUAAGAUUGGAAGUCCAAAAAAUGCUAGGUGGACGAUUUAUCGAUCGACCUGUAGUAUUUUCAAGGGAUUCUAAAUAUUUUUUCUGUUAUUGUUCAAACACCAUUAAAGUUACCAGCGUAGAGACUGGUGAUAUUCUCAAAACAAUUUCCAUUACACCAGAAAUGGGAGGCCAUAAGAACGAUAUAACUUUUAUAAGGAUUGACUCAAACAAUGUUAAUCAGUUAUAUUCUGCAUCUUUAGAUGGUACUAUCAAAUUGUGGAACUAUAAUAAUAUGCGUCUUAUAAAGGAAUAUUGUGUUGGUUUGCCAAUUCUUCGAAUGGAAAUGCAUGAUUCAUAUCCGGAUCAAUUUUUUAUCGUCACUGCUGAACCUCAUAAAGUCGAUUCAAAGACAGGUUCGCGGAAUAAACAAGUAAAACACGCAUUACUUAGUAUCAAAUUUGAUAAACAAGCAAAUAUUGUUCAGAGCUCUCUUAUAUGUAAAUCUAACAGUACUUGUACUAGCAUUGAAAUUAGUGAGAAUGGAGAUUUAUUAGUUGUUACCUUUUCUCAUGAAAUUCGAGUGAUCGAUUUGAAAUCAAUUAAUGAUACACCGACUCAAAAUUGGCCGAAGUAUAAACAUCCAAAUAAAAUUUCUUGUGCUGCGAUUAAUUCGCAUAAGGGUUUUAUUGCUAUUGGUGAUUUGUCCGGCAAAAUUACUUACUGGUAUUGCCUUGAAAAAUCGCAACUAGAAGAUCCUGUAACAUCCGAGUCCCAUUGGCAUGCACAUAAAGUUAAUUCUCUCGUUUUUUCAAGUGACGGCAAUUAUUUAAUAUCUGGUGGUGAAGAAGCCGUUCUUUGCAUAUGGCGUGUUGAGGAUAGUUUCGUUAUUUUUAUUCCACGACUUGGUUCCGAAAUUAUGAACAUUUCGAUUAGCCCUGAUCAAACUAUAUAUGCAGUCGGUUUGUUGGAUAAUUCAAUAAAAUUGGUAUCUAUGAUUAAUUAUUCUUUCAAACAGGCUUUACAAGGGUUAAAACAUGAGUCUCUUGCCAAUCCAUUAUCUACUGGCCUUGUCUUGGAGCCUAGAAACUACGAUGUCGUCCUUAAUGGUCACCCUGGAACUAUUCAGUUUUAUAAUGCUUACAUGGAUAGACAUGUGAUGGAGCUUGAGGUCUCGGUAACGAAUAGGGUAUCGAGAAUUUUUGAGGAAGAAGUAGUCCGUCAUCAUGUGAAACACGUUUGUUUCUCUAAAAAUGGGAAGUGGAUGGCAACGGUCGAUGCGAGAAAUGAUGGUGUUAACACUCCUGAAUUAUACUUGAAAUUUUGGCAUUUUGAUCCUAAUUCACAAACUUAUCAACAGAAUUGUCGUGUUGAUUUUCCUCAUUAUGAAGAUAUUUUGUCAUUAUGUUUUCACAAUGGUACAACGGAUGAUGAUCCAACCUUCAUUACCACUGGCCUUGAUACCAAAUUUAAAGUAUGGGAAUUAAAUAAGAUAGAUGACAAUGAUUCCAUAGAAUCGGUCAUUUGGACAUGCGUGUUUAUUGGUUCCUACAAAAAAUUUAUCCCGAGAACGGCUGCUGUUUCAAAAGAUGGAUCUGUACUAGCCGUCUCAUUUAAUAACACAAUAACUUUGUGGGAUGCUUUUACAUAUACACUUAAACGAAAUUUACAAUGUAUGCCGAGUAGUGAAAAUGUGAAGCACAUUCUAUUCACGAAUGAUGAGCCAUUUCUUGUGUCAGCAACAAAUAAUUUUCUUUACGUUUGGAAUAUUCACACGUGUGAAGUUUUAUACAGACAUGUAUUGGAAGUUGAAAUGACGGCUCUUGAUCCAAAUAGUUCAGAUUUUGUAGUCGCUUGGAAUAACCGAUUUUUGAAAGAAUGCAAGCUCAUGAUUUAUAAUCCAAAGAAUCAUGAUCCUUUACAAAUUCAUAAAGUGAAUCAUAUUGUAAAAUCAUUGACUUACUUGCCUAGGCGUUCAGAUGACCUGGAGUCAUCACAGUCCGAACAAAAAUCGAAUAUAUUAUAUAUUACAGAUAAGAAUGACAUGUAUAUUUUGGGCGAACCUUCAUCAAUUAAGCCAAAGGUAUCAACUCGAAAGUUGGAACAAAAAUCGCAUUCAUAUUUUUCAGAUAUUUUCGGAAAUAACAAUAAGACUUUGGAACAAUUAUCAUCAAAAGAGUCCGAUGUAGAUGAAUCUGAUAUCGAGGAAGAAAAACAAAAAGAAAGUCCAAUUUCUAAGAAAAAGAAAAAGAACAAGAAGUCAUUUAUGAAAGCUAAUCAAACAUCAAAUAAUUUGUCGACACCGGUAUUAAAUUCUAAACCGGUGUCAAAAACAAAUAAAGAUGAGUCGGUAGAUUUAAAUAAUGAUGAAAAAAAUGAACACACUGUUGAAGACGUUGAAGACGUUGAAGACAAGUCACAGAAGAUCACUAAAGUUACUAAUGGAACAUCAACACCAAUAACGUCAGUUCAAGUAGUGACUAAUAACACAUUUCAACAAAAUGAACAAUAUGAUAAACAUAAAGAAGAUAAGAACCAAAAUAUGGUUAAGAAAAUUCGAGAUGAUGAUGAACAAAAGAAACCCACGUUACCUAAAACAAAUGGAAAUGGUAAACUAAAUGGUAAACAUAACAGUAAAUCAAAUUCUAUUAACCAUAAGUCCAAAAAAAGAGAAAUGGACUCAUCAGAUGAUCUUACUUUAAAUAAUACUAAAAAGAAAAUGAAAAAACUCCUGCAAUCAUAACUAGUUUAAAUAAAUAAUAAAAUAAUCAAAAAUUUAGAACAAAAAAAAAAAAAAAAAAANA